AUGGAAAAGGUUAACGAAAUUAUGAACAAAUACCCAGAUGCUACGGAGGUUUCUCUUGAGCACUGUGGUUUAAAAACUUUGGAUGAAAUUCUUGUCGAUCUCUCCAAGUUGAGAUACCUCAAAGUUUUAAGGCUUGCAAAUAAUCAGUUGAGAUACUUACCCUCAGAUAUGAGUGGUCUUCAAAGAGUUGAAUAUUUGGAUCUCCGAAACAACAAUUUCAAUUCAUCACAGAAUGUUCUUUCAGGCUUGUUUUCCCUACCUUCUCUCAAGCACUUGUAUAUUACCCUUGACGAACAAGAGGAAGAUGAAAUUAUCGUUUCCCUUUCUAAUUUGGAAUCUUUUAAUGGAACUCCACUCACAGAUCUUCCUGAUGCAGAUCCUCCCCAAUAUUCACCAAGCAAAAACAACUCAUCACCAAAAAGAACCAACAAUACAGAUAACCGGAACAAUGAUGAUACAAAUAAUAUCCCUCCAAUAGAACAAGAAGAAGCAUCAACCCCACAAAGCAAUGGCACUACUAGUGAAGAAAUUGGUGUUGAGGAUUUUAAGGAUGCAAAAAGACUUCACGAAGCAGUCUGUUUGUACUUGGGAAAGAAGACACCCUUCGUAAUUGACUCGAUUCCAAACUUAAAAGUACUGCUCGACUUGAAAAGAGAAACAACACCACAAGGUUCGAUCAAUUAUCAGUCCGAACUUUUCAAUAGCAAGAAGCAACUCUUUGAUAUCUCAUUCGAGGAUGUUAUCGAGAAGGUGGCUCAAACUGAUAAGAAAGCAGCCAGUAUUUUAACAAUUGUUAAGAAUUCAUACUCUGAUUUGUGUGAUUUUUACUAUUCACUUAUCAAAUCAGUGUCGGGGGAGUGCUUUUCAAAAUUAUUGGCACUCCAAAAAGAGUUGGAUAGUGCAGAUAAGGACAUUGCUCAAUUAUUAGAGGAGACUGAAGCUCUUCACAAGCUAGCAUCUGAAAGCGAAGAGGCAAAGAAUAAGAUUAUAAGACAACAAGAGCUGGAAAGAAGCAGAAUGGCUGAAGAAAUUGGAGAAUUGAAAGUAGAAAUUGAACGAUACAAGAAUAGGCUCAAUCAAAUUCAAGUCAAUAGACAGAAACUUGCCCUUCAAGUCACAAACACUCCAACCCAGGUUUUGAACCAAAGUACUGCCAAACCAAAAGAAACAAAACCAACUAAGUUGAAACCUCUAAGUCUUAAACAAUUAAAAGAAGUAAUAGAAGAAAUAUAUCAAUCUAAGCAAAGAUUUGACCAGAAAUGCCACGACAAUCAAUUACCAAGAGAAACCAUGGAACAACACUUAUAUACAUACCUUAAUCAAAAGUACGGUUUAAAGAGCCUCGUUUUCGAGUGGGCUACUGCCAUUACUUUUGCUGUUAAGAGAUUUUCCAGAGAAGACAAUGAUGUCAAAUGUUUUGGAAAGAUUUUGAGAAAUGAAAUUGAUGAAGAAUUCAGAUUUGUUCAAAAACAACUUAAGGACACUACAGUUGAACUCCUCAAGGUAUUCCUUAGAGGAAAGUAUAGUAAGAAGGUAGAUAGUGAAUUAAUUCAAAUUAUUCAAAACAGAGUGAAUGGCGAUUUGAAUGAAGAUGAAUGGGUUGACAUUAUCAAGUACAUGUACAAUAAGGAAGAUUCACUCACUGUCAUUAUCAGAGUUAACGACGCUGUUAUGGAAGGUCAAAAAGCUUCUCUCAACCAAUCAGGAGGAUCUUCACAAUCUAAUAAGAGCUUUGAAAAGUCAAACAAGGUUCCAUUCAAGAUGUUUAUCGAUGUAUUAUUGGACUUCCAAUUGGAAUCACAUGAAAAGUUCCUAAACAAGUUUGUCAAAUUAUUUAGAGAAAUUGAUAUCAACAGAGAUGGUAUUUUGAACCAAGUUGAGAUUAAGAGAUUAUUAAUGACGGUAAAUCCAAAUUGUAAUGAGUCUGAAUUGAUGACAAGUAUUUCCACCAUUGAUCCGAACAAUAAUCAACAAGUUACCUUCUCUGAGUGUGUUGCCUUUUUGAGUGCAGAUCUAGUAAAGAUGGCUUCCGAAAUGUCUAACAUCAGCUCAACCAAACAAUCCCAUUUAAGUUCUAGCAACCUUUCCAUUGGUGACUUGUAA